AUGGAGCGUCGGUCGUCUCUUCGGAAGCGCAGUGGGUCUCUUCCACAGCGUCGGCGAUGGCUCCACCACGGCUUUGCUAUCUUGGGGCUGCUUAUAUUGGCCGUGGUAUCUUGUGCGUGUCUAACCGUGAGUCUUCAUCCCAUGUUUACGGACCCACUGGUCCACCCUGCCAUAUCGUCUGCAACCUUGAGUUGCCCUGUUGAGACCCGGUAUUACCUUGUCGCAAGUGGCGGUCUCACUGCCACGUGGUUUGUCGUGGGUCUUGUCGCCUACGUGUCACAUACACAGCCACCUGCCAUGCCCGUGUUGGCCAUUCUGCAUUGCUUUGCAACUAUCGUGGUUGGCAUCGUCGGGGCCAUUCUUGGAGCGCACAAAGGGUGCGCCCAGGCCAACCCGACGCUGUUUGCGCUGACCAUCGCGACCUCGUGUCUGUUUGUCACUGUGUGCGUUCCGUUGAUGGGCAUAUUGGUGCAUUAUGUCGUGCGCAACGUUUCCGCCCCAGGCUCGAAAACGUCCGGGGUGCUCGCUGCCUUGCGAUGCGCCAACGUAUCCCAUAGCACCCGACGAGCCCUCGCGACUCUGCCGUUUGGUGCGUUGGUUGUCGUGGCGGUGAUUCUGGCGGUCGUCUACUCCAACCGCGACCAGAGCUCCGGCUGCCGCGAGCCGUUCGUGCUAUUUUUGAUCGUCUCAAGCGGUUUGUUUGGGUUCAUUCUGGGCCUGGCGCUGUGGUGCUACCUCCAUCCGCACUCGACAGCGUCGUACUUGGCGUGCCUGCUACUCGGCCACGGCAUCGCGAGUGUGGCGUGGGCCACCGUCGGCACGAUCUGGAUCCGGACCGACGCCGCCAGUCCGGCGCAAUGCUCGCCCGGCCUCGUCUCCGCCGUUCACCACCUUCGCAUGAUGCUGUUCGUGCUGGGGAUUCUCGUGACGACACUCACGUGCUGCUGCAAACUCGAGCGCGUUUGCUUGCCGCUGGUUGUGCCCACCGAAUCCCAGCUUUCAACUGUUCAAAUAGUGUAA